AGCUUUUCCGAGUGUGUUUUCGUGUACUUAGUUCUGUUCUGUGUCGCGCCGGGAUGUGCAAGUGAACUACUUGACCGAGGAAACACGGAUUCGGUGUACUAGUUCUAAAUGAAAGCGGUAAAGUUCAAAAGGUGUAAAAAGUGAACAAGUGCAGUGAGAACGACCCCGAAGGAUUACGGAUUAACUAAGAAUGGAUAUACUGAAAAUAGUAGCGGUCGUUGCCUUACUAGUGAUCGACACUGACGUCACUGCAGAGAAAAACAAUAUUUCUGUGCGAAUCAAGCGCGAGCCACCUUCACAUCACCACUUCAACGUCGGCUCCAGACAACGGCCGUCCAAGAGGCCUUCCAAACCCAAAGGCCCUCCCAAAGGAUCAUACGGUCCACCACGACCAUCCUACGGACCACCACCGAAACCCGCCUACGGACCACCUCCAAAACCUUCUUACGGACCACCACCGAAACCCUCCUACGGGCCGCCUCAGAAACCAAAACCUUCUUACGGCCCACCCAAACCCGUCUAUGGUCCACCACCAAAGAGCCCACCUCGUCCCUCUUACGGGCCGCCGGCUAAACCAAAGCCGGUGUACGGGCCGCCAAAGCCGGUCUACGGGCCACCGCAAAACACUUACGGAGCGCCUCCGCCGCCAACAUACGGCGCUCCGCCACCUCCGCCGUCUUCGUCUUACGGCGCGCCUGCUCUACCCACAAGUUACGGGGCUCCACCACCGCAACCAUCAAGUUCAUACGGUGCUCCUCCGGCUGCUUACGGCCCACCCCCAGCGCCGACCUACGGUGCUCCCCCCGCUCCGGCUUACGGACCACCGCCAUCGACGUCUUACGGCGUACCGAAAGCACCGUCUAGUAGCUACGGAGCUCCGCCUCCACCUGCACCCCCUGCAACUUAUGGAGCACCGCCUUCAUCCUCUUACGGCGCGCCACCGGCGCCAUCUUACGGAGCUCCACCUGCACCGACGUACGGUGCCCCACCAGCGCCCUCUUACGGUGCACCACCGGCGCCUACUUACGGAGCUCCACCUGCACCGACAUACGGGGCCCCACCAGCGCCCGCUUACGGUGCACCGCCGGCACCUUCUUACGGAGCCCCACCGGCACCUACGUACGGAGCUCCGCCGGCACCACCGGCAACUUCUUACGGAGCGCCCCCGGCGACCUCGUACGGCGCUCCUCCUGCCACCUCUUACGGUGCUCCACCUGCCACCUCGUACGGGGCUCCCCCGGCAACUUCUUACGGGGCACCCGCUAAACCAACGUUCACAGCACCUAAACCUUCGUUUACUCCAUCUUCUUCUUAUGGUGCACCACCCGCUCCGCCUGCAACGUCAUACGGAGUCCCAAAAGCUCCAUCAAAUUCGUACAACAAAGGACCAGCGUCCUCGUAUACUCCACCUGCAACUUCUUACGGAGUCCCUGUCGCUCCGUCUAGUUCUUACGGAGCUCCCGCAGCGCCUUCAAGUUCGUAUGGAGCACCAGCAGCACCCUCUAGUUCAUACGGAGCUCCUGCAGCGCCAUCUAGCUCGUAUGGAGCACCCGCAGCACCUUCAAGCUCUUACGGAGCUCCCGCAGCACCAUCAAGCUCUUACGGAGCUCCAGCAGCGCCCUCUAGCUCGUAUGGAGCUCCAGCAGCACCCUCAAGCUCUUACGGAGCACCUGCAGCACCAUCUAGUUCAUACGGUGCCCCAGCAGCACCUUCAAAUUCUUAUGGAGCCCCUGCAGCCCCUUCUAGUUCUUACGGAGCUCCUGCUGCACCCUCGAGCUCUUACGGAGCUCCUGCGGCACCCUCUAACUCUUACGGAGCUCCUGCUGCACCCUCUAACUCUUACGGAGCUCCUGCCGCACCCUCUAACUCUUACGGGGCCCCAACAGCUCCUUCAAAUUCAUAUGGGGCACCCCCUGCUGUUCCUUCAAACUCAUACGGAGCACCAGUAGUUCCAUCAAAUUCUUAUGGAGCGCCACUUCCUGCCAAUACUUAUGGUGCUCCUUCGAGCUCAUACACAAACAACAAUCAAGAUGCAUAUGAGCCUCCACCCUUACCAAGCUCAUAUGACGUUCCACUCUACAGCUCCAGUGAGCCUAGACCUUCGAUAUCUUUCUCAAUCCCAGCUUCAACCUACAAUCCGAGUGGAUUUAAGAUAAAUACACCGACUCUUCAACAAUACAGCACCAUUUCAUCACCAGCUAAGAAUAAAGAUUUUACAGUCGACGGUCUCCUAAGUAAUAACAAUGGCAAUAAUUUUAACGGAAAUAAUUACAACAAUAAUUAUAACGGGAAUAAUUUUAAUGCUAAUAGCCUGGGUGUGAAUAAUGGCAACAACUACAAUGGAAAUAGUUUCAAUGUAGCCAAUUAUAAUGAUAAUAAUUACAGUGGAGAUAAUUUGAACGGGAAUACUUACAAUGAUUACAGUUCUGGCUUUAAUCAAUUCGGUAGUAAUGAGCCUCAAAAUAUCGAGACCGUACAUGGAGACACUUUUUACGCAGCAAAACAUCAAUUGAAUCUAAACCACAGCAAUCACUUACAAGACAGCGAAUUGCAGAGCUCUCAACAUGAAUCUGUGUAUGAAACAAUUUCAGAGGAAAACCCCUUUGAACAACGGAAAGGAGAAGUAACUCAGCGUACUGUGUUGGACAGGAAAGCAUCAAAAACACCUUCGGAUGAUACCCGCGAUACAGAAAAUACAACACCUGAAUCUUCAAACAGCAACAGAAACAUCCUGAUGACGAAUCCGAAGCACAAACUAGUUGCUUAUUUGAAACAUCAUAUGAAAGCUCAAACUGCGGAAGUUCCCUCAGUUACACCUGCAGCAUAUAAUUUCAGUCCCAAGGUUGAAACAACCGGUUUUGUACCCUAUGAUGGGGGUUACAAUAGGAAUAUAAAGCGAAAGGGCCAGGAAAAUCAUUCAUCAAAGAGGGUUCAGCAUCAAACUAGUAGAGUUAAGUCAAAUAGAGAUAGUAGCGACAACAAUAGAGAUGAAACACUUUCAUUUCAGCCAAAUUACUUCAAAACAAGCAUAAACCAACAAAUGAUACAAAAAAGACAAGAUGCAAUAUCAACUACACCAAAGUCGAGACACAAGCAAGGGGACGGCUUCAGACAGAAUUCUGAAAGCGCAGCGAUAUCUAAGUCUAUAAAUGGCUGGAAGCAAUCUGAGGAUGCUAGUUUAUCAAUCUCACAGGAGACUAGAAGAUGAAGGAAUGCCAUAAACUAAGAUACUGUGAUGAACUCAGAAACAAAAUUUGACUGACAAUUUGCUAAGCUUACACCUUGCCACACGCAUUUCAUGCAACUUGUCAUGGACUUUCUCAGCAGAUACAGGUUACAAAUAUGAGUUUUCUACUUCAAUUUCUUAUAAAGAAUAUUCCUGAUAGCUCUUGUAUAAGAGGAGAUCAGUUUUCUACCUGGCUAUUUUUUUGCAUUCUUUAAAAGAGUGUUUUCACCUAAACUUGAAACCAAAACAUUUUUACAGAAGAGGGGCUUGGAGGAUA